AUGUUAAUCCCAAUUUUGUUUUUAAUCAAAAUAUCCUCUGGAGUGUUGUAUGAUGGAAAGUUCUUUGAUCCAAAAGAUCGAAUUCGUGCUGAAUGUAUCGUGAAAAAGGUAAUGUCAGAGUAUGAAUAUCUCGGGAAUCAUGACAAAUCGAUCGACGGAGAAGCUUGUGUUCCAUGGAUUGAAGUCACUGAAUCUUGGUUUUCAACUGCCAGUAAUGCAGAGAAACAAAGGAAACAACCAGCAGAAAACUUCCAUCAUUCGAAAUGUCGAAACUUAAAACUACCAAUUGGUCAUGCAAUGCGGAACGUUUCGGCAAUAGGAACAGUCAAAACUCAUGAAAUUACAAAUGGAACACAGGGGCCGUGGUGUUUUAUAAAUAAGAUGGGAACAGAUGGAAAAUCUAGUUUUAGUUAUAGUCCAUCUGUAUGUUUUGACCCAUGUGAUGAGACGAAAAUCGUGUCGGAAAAAGAGAAAAAACGGGUUACUGAAAAUGAGUAUACUGUUUUGAAGUUGAACUAUAAUCCGACACUGUUGGACCCAAUAGAAAAGUUAUUCUCAGGCUAUGAGUUUGGCGAUAUGAAAUAUUACACCUUUAAAAAGUCAAGAGAACAACCACCUCAGUACCUCAUACUGCGACGACGAGUCUUCACAGCCUUAUGCAUAAUAUUCAUCGCAGUAAUGAUUUGGAUUCUCACUUGCUUUUGCGUUAGGAAGCAUUCUCAAAAAAUUCAUAGAAAGAAAGAAAAAGCAUUAGAAGGUUUCUAUGAAAGUACAAACUUGGCGGAUAUCAAGAUGCAAGCAGAGUUGAGAAGAGAACGGGAUGAUGCAUAG